CAAAAAAUCUCAAAGUAGAAAUCAGAUUUAAAACAACUAAUUUCCCUGAGGAGAUUUGCCUCUCUUGAUGUGCUUCCUCAGCUACAGAGAAGCCAGUGAAAAGGGGAGACUGUGUGGAAUGAAGGAAAAGAGGAGGAGAUAAAAAGGAGCAGAGACUGGCUGGGGGUAAAAAAACAACAGGAAACCAACCGAUUCUAACGCUGUUUCUGCAAAUCCUUCAGAGAUAAAGCAGCCGACUGCCACGUCCUGGCCAAGCAGCAGUCACACCAUGACUUUUCUUUGAUCAUCACUUCAAUUUAUGGCAAUCUAAAGGACUUAAAGUUCAAAAUGUGACGUCACUUCUGCUCUCAGCCUCCAACAGUGUGGUUAGUCAGAAUGUGAGCGGAUGCAGAGUUUUGGGAACUGAUCGCUGGGAUUUCUAUGUGGCUGCUUUUUUGACCUACAAACUCAACCUCUCCUGGGGUCAUAUGGAUCGAUCGCUGUACCUCCAAGGAUCUGUUUGUUUUAAUCAUCGGGACUACUAACUGGAGACACAUGAAGAAUAAAGGGACUAAGCAGAAGACCAAAAAGAAAGGAAGUGAAAAUGCAUUCGGCUGUGACCUGACAGAACAUCUCCAGAAUUCAGGACAAGAUGUUCCUCAGGUUCUGAAGAAGUGUGCAGAGUUUAUUGAGGAGCAUGGGAUUGUGGACGGGAUCUACAGACUGUCGGGGGUCACCUCAAAUAUCCAGCGUCUCAGGCAGGAAUUCUGCUCUGAGGCGUGCCCUGACCUUACAAAGGAAGUGUACCUCCAGGACAUCCACUGUGUGGGUUCCUUAUGUAAGCUGUUCUUCAGGGAGCUACCCAAUCCUCUGCUCACAUAUGAGCUAUACAGCAAAUUCACUGAAGCGGUCACGGUCCAGGGGGAUCAUGAGAGACUUUUGCACAUUCAGAGGGUCAUCAAAGAACUGCCGACGCCUCACUUCAGGACUCUGGAGUACCUUACUAAGCACUUGGCCCACCUUGCCACCUUAAGCACCAAGACAAACAUGCAUACACGUAACCUGGCACUGGUUUGGGCUCCAAAUCUGUUAAGAUCUAAAGAUAUUGAGUCGUCAUGUGGUAAUGGAGACAUGGCUUUCCAGGAGGUGCGGAUACAGCAGUCAGUGGUUGAGUUUAUUCUAAACCACACAGAGGAGAUCUUCAGUGACUCUGCGCAAAUCAAACCCAAAGAAGGACCAAAUUUGAAGUGUGGGGAGAAGUAUGCCACACUACCGAUCAGUGGCCAGUGUGGGCCAAUGAAACUGAUGAGCCUGGAAGAAGCACAGGCCCGCUCCUUAAGUCCAAACCAUCCUGUGCAUAGAGAACGCCAGCGAGAGAACAGUCUGCCUGAUACCAGCACUGCCACGCUCUACCACACCGUCAUAGACAUAUCAGACAGCAAGAGGAAGUUUUCUGGGAAAUCCAAGAAAUGGAAGUCCAUCUUCAAUCUGGGACGGUCAGUGGACUCGAAGGGAAAACUGAGCCGGAAUGGCAGCGUGUUCAUAAGAGCACAGUCGACAGAAAAGGCAGCUCUUCGGCCAUCCAGGAGCAUGGAGUCCUUGUGCUCCUUACCAACAGAUGAUGACACCACAGGAAACAACAGUCCAGCUGGUGGCAGUUAUGUUCCAGAUGUAAAAUCCAGAACGCUGGGAUCAGACUCGCUCUAUGACCUGAGUGAACACGACCAAAACUGGGAGUUUAAAGGGACGAAAGCUGACGGGGCAACAGGUGGCUGGAGCUCUAGCAUGAACCAAAAGAGGUCGCCAAGUGCUUCUGCGCCCCCUCAAAAAACACUGCCAGAGCAACUGAAGGUGUACAAAGGUGACGACGUCAGCGGCUACAAGCCCACCUCUCCGAAAAACAGGAGGAUGUUGUACUCAGGCUCCUCCCACAACAGCUCCUCUCGGCCCUCCUUCCCGGGAAGCUUCUUCCCGUUGGAGUCUUCGCCGAGGCAUCAGCGCAGAGCCGUCAACAUAUCUGAGCCUUUUGCUGUAUCCGUACCCCUACGUGUUUCAGCCGUUAUCAGCUCUAACAGCACGCCAUGCAGGACCCACGCCAAGGAAAAAGCAGCUUCUCUAAAACCCAGUAAAGAGAGCUCAGAGCCGACCAGCAGCAUUAAAAAGAGCAACACUUUCCCCCAACUGGAAUCUAAGAAGCAGGAAGGAACAGAGAAGAAAAACAUGGAGUUGACCUUGAGAGUCCCUCCAGAGGAUGCAAGCAAAGAAGUGGUGCAAGAAAGUCAAGGAGGGAUGAAUACUUCUGAACUGGAACCAGCGUUUCUUGCAAGUGCAAGAGAAGGCAAAGAUGCAGUGCCAUCUCCUGGGAAAGAAGUGCACAACCAGCAGAUAACUAUGCGACUGGACAAGGGAUCUUUGACUGAGAAAGAUCUGUGGCCUGACCUCCACCAAGAACUGAAGAUAACUGAACCUGAAAUUGACCUGCUGGAUGAGACUUUUAAACCUGUUUUUGGCUCCAAGAGCACCUGUGAGGGCAUGAAGUUAACGAUGGAUGUUAAGUCAAAACGAAGCCACAGCUCUCCGUCUCUGUCGUUGUUAUUCAGGGAGCAGUCUUCAAAUACCUCUCUGAGUGAUCGUGUAAUCGCCACUGGAUCGGACUCUGCAAAGAAACAACCCUCGGAGUCGGACAUCUUAUUUUCUCUUCACAAAAGCACAGAAAACAUGCGUCCUGCUGACAUGCUGGAUGUGAAGGAGAAGAAUCUGCAUGUAAAUAUCACACCUUCAAACAAAGAUGACACCAAACAGAGCCAGCCUCCUUUAAAGGAAACCUGCAUCGAUGAAACCAUGAAUCCUUUCACAAUAGAAGAUACUCCAAUGGCUGUCGGCUUCUCAGCAGCAGAGGAUACUAACAAAAAAACAGGGAACCAGGAGGUUGCUCAAGGAGAUGAAAGCAUCACCUGUGACAAAGCAAAGACGAAUCUGAUUCCUGAGGAGGAGGUUAUUCAGAGGCUGUCGGUGUGUUUGGAGGAGAGGCAGAACACCUUGGAGCUGCCACACCUCGACUAUGAUGAAGGGAGUGGAGGAAAUUCAGAGGAGCUGGACUUGGUGGAGCCUUGGGAGGAUUUCAGCUCCAGCAAGCAGUGGGUUACCAGUCCUCUUCACUCACCUGAUGUGGAGGAGUUGUUUAACCAGCUCUCACCCUUCAGCUCUCGUGGGGAAACUCCAAUUUCAUCUCCAUCAGUGGAUAACAACAAACAGUCUCUCAUCAAGAGCACUGAACACUCCUCAGGCAACAUUCCUCACACUACCACUGGCAAACCAGAAACUAAAUAUACAUAUUUGCCAUCAGGGGUGAACAGCAGUAACACAACACAACCUCACACAGGGAAAUGCAACACAACAAAACAGAAGAACACAGUGUCAUCUCAGAGGUUUUAUAGACAGAUGUCUUUGGAGGCAGAGAGAAGAGAGGAGAACUUCUUUUCGAAACAUAGACCAUAUUCACUUAAUUUAGACCUGGGACAUCGAUGCAUCAGAGACAUUUCUAAUCAGCAAAACCGUAAGUCACCAGAGCUUUCGUCUUCUCAGAGAGGAUUACUGACAUCCUCUGAAUCUGUACACAGCAGGCUGCCCUCAGAGCUCGAGCUGUUUCUGAGUGAUCGCCAGGCGCCUCUACGCCGAAACUCUGCCCCAGUCAGUGUGUCAUCGGUGCGAACAGCCUUCAUGAUAAAAACAUGCCAGGCCAAAGCUGUGCCUGUCGUCCCUCCGAAGGUGCAGUACAGUCAGAUACCUCCCUCCAGACACGAGAAGGACUCUGAUGCAGCAAAGGAACAAGAAAAGGAACAUCCUAAAAUGCCUGCAGAGAAAAGCUACUCUGCACCUCCUCCCAUGAUGUCAGAUCUAUAGGAGGAGCUGGAGAAUAAAGAGCCUGCACCCAAACAUCAAAAACACCCACAUGUUGCUGAGUCUGCGAAGACCACAUCUACGCCAGAGCUGCCAGUCAUCACAAGGAGACACGCGCCCAGUCUGGAAGUGUUUGUAGAUUGUCCCAGACCUAACAGAGGGAACCUCUUACAAAGACCAUCCUUUAGGAACAGGCAGAGGCCUCAAAGUCUCAUCCUGCUCAGCCCUCCUUUUCCCAUCAUGGACUAUCCUCCGUCAGGAGACGACGGCAAACUCCUCUCAUCCAUCAAGAGCCUUAACGACACGUCUGCAGUGAAUGUUUUUUCUAAAGAGAUGGCAGAGAAUUUCAGAACGACGGAGGGGAUCGCUCUUCAAAACAAAAUGACUAUUCCAAAAAGUGGACAGAGACUGGAAACAUCAACCAGCUGCUUCUACCAGCCGCAGAGGAGGUCGAUGAUAUUUGACAGCAGGAGCCACAGACAGAUUGAGUGACUAGAGGUGCAGUCUCUGACCAUGAGACUGAUUGUAUGUAAAUAGAUAGGAAGGAGAAUAGGAAGCCAUGAUGUAUGUGAAAGGCAUUUAAAGGGGAUCUAUUAUGCUUUUUUUUCUUAUUUUCUUACAAAUAUAAAUGUAACAAUAUCAGACGUUCAUAUUAAAUGUGGCCAAAAUUUCAAAUAAUGAGGUCAAAAUAUGUAAAAGUAAUCUCUGUGAGCAAAACCCUCAGGCUUCAGACCAUUCUAAUGACUUUGUUUCCAAUGUUUUUUUACUACUUUAGCUCCAAGCUGACGUCAGCUCGUGACAGGUUUCUUUAUAUGACCAUCUGCUCCAGGCACACUACUGCAAGUGUUUACAUUAUGUAGCCUACACUGCUACAUGUAGCUACAUGCUAGUAUCAGGAAAACAUGGUACCUUGGUUGCCAUUGUUGUUAAUUUCUCCCCCGUUACGAAUCAUAUUUAACAUGUCCGGCUGUGCAGACUUUGGUUUAGAAGGUUUUAUUGGGGAUUUUUCACAGUAGAAAGUGCAGCUAUACUUCAUUACAUUCAUUCCCUGGCAGAGACACUGAGAUACAGAAGACUUGGAAACACUAACCAAUCAAAGCAGACGCUAAAACGGAGUGUCUCAGACAGAGGAUGACGAAAGGUGUUGCACCACAGACAGAAUGAGGAAAAUACAGUGUUUUCUGAAAAUGAAAGCAUGUAAACAUAUUCUAGUAGAAACCCAAAAUACAAGUAUGAACUUGAAAAUGAGUGCAAUACAUCCCCUUUAAGUUUGACUGAGAUCAAGGGCCGCAACUAAUGAGUAUUUUCACUAUCCAUUAAUCUGCUGGUUAUUUUGUUGAUUAGUUGAUUAAUGGUUUGGUCUAUAAAAUAUCAGAAAAUAGUAAAAAAAUAAAAUAAAAUAAAAUAAAAAUCUACUUUUCAACUAGCUGAUCCUGUCACAAUAAUGGUCCAAAACCCAAACAUUUUCAGUUAAUUAUAAAUAAAGCCCUUUUCCCCCCCCUUUUUUUUAGUCAUCUUACUAGCUGUUAUCCAGGGGGUUUCAACCACAUCUCACAGUCUUUGAGAGGUCUAAGAGGGUGGAGUUUAUUCGGUUGUCAUGGUGAUAGCUAAUCUGCCAAGGAAGACUGUGAGAUGUAGUUGAGAUCUCCACAAAAAGCUUGUAAGUGGACCUUAAAUUGAGUGUUUCUAAUUCAUAAGGAUUAGUUGUUUAAGGAAAAAGGCCACCAGGUUUCUAAUGAACACCAAACAAUUUGUGGUGGUCAUCAGAAAUGUGGACAAAAACUUCCUGAUGUCAGUUGUGGGACUUCAUAAAUAUAUAUAUUUUUUUAUGUCUCCACAAUAUUUCAAUCAACUGGACUCUACUGUGGCACCCUCAGCUGUCAAAGAAUCAGACUGAACCAUGUUCAACCAGCAAACACAUUCCAUGUGUGUCCACCGUGUUAUGACACAUAGGUAUAGGUAGAUAAUUUGAAUUUAAUGACAUAUCAACCAUCUAUUCUGUAUCAGAUUAUGACAUCUUCACGUAAAUGAUCAUUUCUGAACUGAAUUUGGCCUCAAACAUGAAGGGCUCUGAAUACAGGAGGUGUGCGGUAAAAGGUAACAGUAAAUGGUAAACUGAAGGACCGAUGAUGAAACUGUUAAACAGUUUAACAGCCAUGAAUCUGAUCAUGCAGAUUAAGAUUUAUUUAUUCCUGUAUUAACAUACAUGAUAUGAAGUAAACUUGAUACUUGUAUACUGUAUGUAGCUGUUGGCUCCGUGAUAAGCUGAUGUCAAUGUGAUUUUUUUAAAGACUAAUAUUUAAAAGGAAAUUCUUUUUUCUGAUUUAAAUAUAUCGCAAACUUAAUUGAUAGUAUUUACCCACAGAGGAACUUUAAUUCAUGUGUAUCUUUGUUUUCUGGAAGUGCUUUGUAUGUUUGUGAACAUCUUUAUUGUUGUUCGACAAGAACCAGCAUUGUGGACUCUGGAGGACUUGCAGGACUUUGUGCACGCUGACUGUAUUCCAUGUGUUUGAGUCAAAGUCAGAUGAUGGUAUCUCCAGGUUUUUGUUUCUUUUCUUUGCAUUUAAAAAACACGGGAUCAGAUGUAUUUAGCUUUAGUGCUCGUGAGCGUAUCAUAGUUUGGAUGUCAAAGGAGGUUACAGUAUAUUUUUUAAAGAUGUUAUUAAGGUCACAGUGUUUUUAUACUGUAGUUUGGAUGGACUGGAUGAAUGAUUACAGUGUUUUAUUCAAAAAAAAUAUUUGAGAAAUGAGAUUUUUGUUAUUUGUUUUUGUAACUUUUGUAUACUUGUUGAUACUGAAAAUGACUGACUGAAGCGUCUGUGUUCAUAGCCUAAACAACUGAAGUGAGAAUUUUGAGAUAGAAGUUUUGCCUUAAUUAUCUGAUGGCAGCACCUGAUGUAAUGUACAUAAGACACUUGAUGAGUUUUGUUACAACCGAAAAGUUAUGAGAAUAAAAAGCUCUGGAAAUCA